AUGCGUUGGGCGGUUCUGCGAAUCCUCACCUCGCUGUUGCUUCUCCAGCUGAGUUUUGCCAUAACAGGGGGAUGGCCAUGUACUCCCAGGAAUUUUGGGCAAGGCUCCUUGGUGUGUGAAUGUGGUGCCGAUUACUGUGACACGUUGGGGCCCAUCUCUCUUCCCCCUCUGGGGUCUUUUGUCAAGUAUGAAAGUAAUAAAGCCGGGCGCCGUGUGGAACGCAGUGAAGGGCUGCUCCUGAAGAAUGCUCCCAAGACAGAAAAGCUUGUUCUGAAACUCAAGACGUCCCAGAAAUAUCAAAAAAUCAAGGGCUUUGGCGGGGCGCUCACAGAUUCAGCUGCUAUUAAUAUCCUGGCCUUGUCUCCAAAGAGUCAGAAAAACCUGCUCAAAUCUUAUUUCUCCGCCGAAGGGAUCGAAUAUACCUUGGUCCGGGUGCCCAUGGCAAGCUGCGAUUUCUCAGUGAGGCUAUACACGUAUGCUGACGUGGAUAACGAUUUUGAGCUGAAAAACUUCAGCCUAACGGAGGAAGAUAUAAAAAUGAAGAUCCCCAUCCUCCAACAAGCCCAGGCAGUAGCACCUCGGCCCCUCUCCCUCUAUGCCAGUCCCUGGACAUCUCCGGUGUGGAUGAAAACCAACGGAGCCAUGACAGGCCGAGGCACCCUCAAGGGGAAACCGGGGGACAAGUAUCACAAGACCUGGGCGAACUAUUUUAUCAGGUUCCUUGAUGAAUACGCCAAGUAUAAUCUGACUUUCUGGGCCAUCACCGCUGGGAACGAGCCGACGGCCGGCGACAUUAUCUUCUACCCUUUCCAGUGCUUGGGUUUCUCACCUGAGCACCAGCGGGAUUUUAUCGCCCAGGACUUGGGCCCUGCUUUAGCCAACAGCAGCUACAAGGGCAUCGAGCUGAUCAUUCUGGAUGACCAAAGGGUGAUGCUGCCUUACUGGGCCGAAGUGGUUCUCAAAGACCCCAAGGCUGCCCAAUACAUCAACGGGAUCGGGAUCCACUGGUAUCUGGAUUUUUUGGCGCCUAUUGAUCUGACGCUCUCCAUCACCCACCACCUCUUCCCGAAAUAUUAUCUCAUCUCCACAGAAGCCUCCACGGGGUCCUAUUUUUGGGAGCCCCGAGUGGUGCUGGGCGGCUGGGAUCGCGGCAGCAAGUACAGUCACAGCAUCCUUGCGAACCUCAACAACUACGUCACUGGAUGGACGGACUGGAACCUCGUUUUGGAUAUGGAAGGGGGGCCCAAUUGGAGCAAGAAUUAUGUGGACAGUCCUGUGAUCGUUGACAAGGACAAGGAUGUCUUCUACAAGCAGCCGAUGUUCUACCACAUGGCUCAUUUCAGCAAGUUCCUUCCAGAGGGGACACAACGCGUCGAAAUCCAGAAAAACUGGUGGAGUGGUUUGGAAUUCUCUGCUUUUCUACGUCCGGACGGCUCGGCAGCAGUCGUGGUCUUGAACAGAUCCUCCAAGGAUGUACCUUUUGGGAUUUCUGAUCCCGGUGUGGGCUACAUUGAGACUGUGGCUACAGCUGACUCGAUCCAGACUUACCUCUGGCAGCGUCCCACAGAAGAACAGGAAGCCUAG